AUCGGAUAUCGGAGGGAAAUAAAAAAUGUAAUCGAUCCAUUAAAUAUUGUAAGUGUCACAGAAGUGGCUUAUGUAUAAGAACUUCAUAGAUGGUUCCAGCAGUUAAAAUGUUCUUGCUUGUAUAUUUCUGUGGAAUAUUGUAGAGGUGCAUUUAUCUUGUAUAGGAGACAUGUUUAUCUUGUCACAAAGAACAAGUUUUAUUACACCGCUAUUAUCGCGAGGUUUGGGGCGUGAUAAUAUAGACUGUGAGCCCACGUUUAAUAAUCACGCUAAGGAGUUCAGCGAGCUAUCUGCAAAGGCCUGGUUAGCUUACCAGCUGUACAAGGUAUUUGUCCUUUGCCAUAACUGUAUUGUAAUAUUGUGAAAAUUUGUUGUUUUAUUUGCUGUUCUAAUUAUUUUAUGGUUUAAUUUAGAAUGCGCAAGACUGUAAAGGUAUUCUUCUAGAACCUCCGAAGUGGCAGGCGGCCACGAGUUUUCACGGCGUUCAAUAAAUGCAGCGAAGCGCCCGUCUUGAAGAAGCCGUGCCUGUGUUGUCAUUUCGGAGUUACAGUGAAAACUCGCCCUAGCCAGUGCCGGUGAGAAGCUAAUUACGAAGACGGCAGCUGCAGAGAGAGUCGGUGAAGUGGAGCGACACAAGAGGGCGCCAUUGCAUAGGCUCACCGUUCUCAAGCAGCCAAGCACAGCAGCAACAACGUUACACAACUGGAGUAAGGUGGAAAUUAACAAAGGACAGUGUUAAAAGUAGAAUAAGAGUGGUUUAAGUCAAGUUUAAAGAGCCACAAUAAGUUUCUAUAACACAUUGUCAAAGUUGAUUUAAUUUCUACUGUACUUCAAGGUGAUGCUUUGUAGUUUGGUGAAUAGUGUACUUGCUUAAGGUCAAAGUUUGAGUAAGGUUUACAAGGUUCUUUAAGAAAAGGUGCACUUAAAGUAUACAGUAACAGUAACCCCAAAGUAACUUAAGUCACAAAUUUAAGAAGUAUUUGAAAUCUGAACACAGUGCGCUCAAUGACAUUUAACUAGACUCCCGAGAUGGUUGACAAAGAUCUCGAAGAGCACCAUGCUGUACCACUUACCGAAGUGGAAGAAAAUGAUGAUGAACAAAUUACAGAACUACAGACUGUUCGUAAAAGUGAAAGAGUAAGAACACUAACAGAAAAGGGUAAAGAGCUUCAAGAGAAGAAACUCAAAGGCCUUCAACACAGAUAUGCCGUUGUUUUUGAAAAAUGGAGAUAUGAAGCAAGAUUGAGCAAAGUAAUAUUAAGAAAUGAAGUUUCCGAGAGUGAAUUGAAUGAGCUCAUUAACAAUGUAAAUGUUGCCUGCAAAGAUGUACAAACCAUUUAUGAACAAAUACGGCAAAUACGAACUCCUGAUGCAGAUGAAAGACGCAAAGUGGAUGCAUGUACAUCACUUUCCUCGUUCAUUGUCAGAAGAGCUGAAAAACACCUACAAGGAGACCUUGCAGAUGGUGAUGAAGAGCCAUGGCCAGACGUUGGGUCGUGCUUAGGAUCUGACAGUACUAAAUCAAGGUCAAAGUCACGAAGGUCUAAAAGUAGUUCAAGCCAGUCAUACUCACAAACAAUCAAAAGAAUAGAAGCAGAGGCUGAGGCAGCUGCGUGUCAAGAAGUAUUAGCUGUAAUGGAGGACCAAGAAAGGGAAGCAGCUGAACUACAAAAGUUGGAACUUGAAACCUUGGAAAGGCAACAAACAAUGGAGGAGCAGCGCAGAAAGAUUGAACGCUUGGAAGAGGUUAAAAAAUUGAAUGCUGCAAGAGCUAAAGUAAAGGUUUACGCAGAAGCUGAGAGUAUUUCUGAAAGUCGUAGUUUAGUGCGCAGUAUCAAAACUGGGAGCGAAACCUCAGCAAUUCCUGCUCCACCACAAUUUCCCUCUCAAGCUCCAAAUACAAUCCAAGCCCAUAAUGCCACAAGCCCUGCAUUUGUUCCACAUACUCCCACAAUCAUCAACCAAGCCCAACAAAAUCCUGGUGUGCAACCUAAGGGCACCACAGGCCAAGCACUUAACGCAUCAAGUCCGCCAUUUAUCCCUAAAGAAACACAAGCUGCCGCUUCUGCAACUCAUCCACAGCCAAACUUGGAUCUAGUUGGCAUACUAGCAGACGCAAUAAGUGCUAAUCGUCUUCCAACUCCAGAACCUGCACUGUUCACUGGUGACCCUUUAAAGUUCAAGGACUGGCAGUUGUCAUUUGAGACUUUGAUUGAAAGAAAAAACAUUCCAAAGAACGAAAGACUCUAUUAUCUCAGGAAGUACCUUGGUGGACCCGCAAAGAGAGUGGUCGAAGGAUUUCUCCUGGUGGGCACAGAUGAAGCAUAUGACGCAGCUUGGGAAGUGCUGGAAAGGCGCUUUGGAGAUCUGUUCACUAUAGGGAAAUGCUUCAGAGACAAACUUCACAGUUGGCCUAAAAUAAGCUCCAAAGAUGGAAGUGAGUUGAGAGAGUUUGCUGACUUCCUUAGAAGUUGUGAAGCUGCGAUGCCACACAUAAAGACAUUAGAGGUUCUCAAUGACUGUAUGGAAAUUCAGAAACUCUUGCUGAAACUUCCAGACUGGUUGACAACAAGAUGGAAUCGCGCAGCGAUGAAAAUAAGAAAAACCCUUAAUGGAGAGUAUCCAUCAUUUCACAUGUUUACAGAUUUUGUAUCCACUGAAGCAGACCUAGCAUGUGACCCCAUAGCUUCAAUGCAAGUACUCAAGGGUUUGGAAAUCAGUAAGCCCAAACACUCACGCAGCCAAGUCAUUCGAGCUAAAACAUUAACGACAACUUCAAGUCACUUAACUAACUCAAGUCACAUAAAUCCUGUGACUUGUCUUUACUGCAAAAGAAAUGGUCACACACUGGACAAAUGUUUCAAAUUCACGGAAAAAUCAGUCCAGGAUCGUAUCAAGUUUGUACAAGCAGAAAGGCUGUGUUUUGGAUGUUUAAAGGGGGGACAUCAUUCCAAGAAGUGUGAUAAAAGGAAUACGUGUGAGAAAUGCCAGAAGAAGCAUCCCACAUGUCUGCAUGAUGACAAGUUUGUAGAGCGUAAAAGGAUAAUGCCUGCAACGAAUGAUAACUCUCAAGACAAGGACGAAGGAGAUGAACCAGCAACUGCAAUCUCUAACAGAGUAACUCAAGUAACUUCGAGCACACUGACAUCCUCCAUUCUACCUGUCUGGGUUUCCUCAAAAAAUCACCCAGAGAGAGAGAUUCUAGUAUAUGCCCUCCUCGAUUCUCAGAGCGAUACAUCCUUCAUCUUGGAUGAAGUAGCCCAGGAUCUCGACACAGAUAAGAGUAAGGCUCAUCUAAGACUAUCAACCAUGUCCGCCAAGUCAACAGUCAUACCAUGUGAGAAGCUGGUAAAUCUUCAAGUUAGAGGCUACAAGCAGGAAAGGAGAAUUACAUUGCCACCGGUUUAUACAAGAGAGUUCAUCCCUGUGAACAGAUCACACAUCCCGACGUCUGAAACUGCUUUGAGUUGGUCUCACCUCGAAAGGCUGGCAGAUAGGUUACCUCCAAUGCUUGAAUGCGAAGUUGGUCUGCUUCUCGGCUAUAACUGUCAGCAAGCCCUUCUGCCACGGGAAGUCAUUGCAGGUGAGGAGAAUCAGCCUUACGCACAGCUAACUGAUCUCGGCUGGAGCAUAGUUGGUUGUACGUCUCAAGUUCAAAAUCACAAUGAUGAUAUUGGCAUAAGCCACAGAAUCAUUGUUCGAGAAGUUACUCCUGCAGUACAACAAGCAGUGGAACUCAAGCAAGAAGUGCAUUUUGUAUGCAGAACUCAAGUGAAGGAAGUUGGUCCAGUUGAUGUAAUAAAGGCUUUGGGAUCUGAUUUCUCUGAGCAUGCAACAGAUGACAAUCCAGUCUCUCAGGAAGACAUUUUGUUCAUGUCAAAGGUGACCAAAGGCAUAAGGCAAAAGGAAAACGGUCACUAUGAACUCCCAUUGCCAUUCAAAGCCGACAACCCGAAUCUUCCAAACAACAAACAAUGCGCUGAGCAUAGACUGUCUUCAUUGGAACGUCGGCUCAGAAGAGAUAAGAAAUACUAUGAAGAUUACGUCAAGUUCAUGGACGACAUCAUAGCCCGUGGAGACGCAGAGAAGGUCCCAGAGCAAGAAGUGGAUAAUGAGGCAGCAUGGUAUAUACCGCACCAUGGGGUCUACCACCCCUACAAACCUGAAAAGAUACGUGUGGUUUUUGAUUGUUCGGCCCGUUUCCAGGGAACAUCUCUUAACGAACACCUUCUGACUGGACCAGAUCUUACCAACGCACUGAUCGGAGUGUUAUGUCGAUUCAGAAAGGGCCCCAUCGCCAUCAUGUGUGACGUGGAGAGGAUGUUCCACCAAUUCCAUGUCAUCAAGGAGCAUCAAGACUAUUUGAGAUUUCUUUGGUGGGACAAAGGCGAUUUAAACUCUGAGCCUUCAGUGUACAGGAUGAGAGUGAAUCUUUUCGGAGCAGCUUCAUCUCCCGGAUGCUGCAAUUUCGGACUCAAACAUAUUGCUUCUCAAGGUAGAGACAGAUUCAGCAAAGAGACUAUUGAGUUCAUCCAAAGAGGUUUUUACGUUGAUGACGGACUCGCUAGUGUGACAUCAACAGUCGAAGCCAUACAGUUGGUAAAAGAGUCAAGGGCACUUUGUAAAACAGGCAACCUACAUCUGCAUAAGUUUGUGUCAAACAAUAAAGAAGUGCUGGCAGCUAUUCCCCAAGAGGAACAAGCUAAAGCCAAAGACCAGGACAUGGCUCUUGGAGAACUCCACAUUGAACGUGCACUUAGGGUACAAUGGUGCAUAGAGGCAGAUGAAUUCCAAUUCAGAGUCCAAGUUAAAGACAACCCAUUGACAAGGAGAGGGGUGCUCUCGAUUGUCGCUUCAGUCUUUGACCCCCUUGGGUUUGUUGCCCCAUUCAUAUUAAUUGGAAAGCAAAUACUCCAAACGUUGUGCAAGGACAAAGUUAAUUGGGACGAGGAUCUCCCAGAUCACAUUCUACCACAAUGGGAAGCAUGGUUGAGAGACCUGCCCAAGUUGGCAGCUCUGAAGAUCCCACGAAGCUACUCACAAGUUGCUGACAUUGUGCAGUACGAAUUGCACAGUUUCUCAGAUGCGAGCCUCAGUGGUUAUGGCGCAUGUUCAUACCUCAGAGCAAAGGGUAGAGAAGGACAGGUCAGUUGUGCACUCAUCAUGGGCAAGGCAAGAGUUACGCCCAUUAAGCAAACAACCAUCCCAAGGCUCGAACUGUCAUCGGCCGUGACUUCAGUUCGCAUCGCAGAUGUGAUCAAACGAGAACUAGACAUCCAAACUCUACAGGAAUAUUAUUGGACAGAUUCACAAGUUGUAUUAGCAUACAUAAAUAAUGAUGCUAAAAGAUUUCACACAUUUGUGGCCAAUCGAAUUCAACGAAUAAGACAAAGCACAAGUCCUGGGAAAUGGCAGCAUGUCAGCUCAGAGGAAAAUCCAGCUGAUCAGGCCUCAAGAGGUUUAAAUGCUACUCAGCUGAAGGAUUCAAACUGGUUGAAAGGUCCCGAUUUUCUUUGGAAACAAGAUCUUCCAGUCAAAGAGGAAAUGGUGGGAGAGGUUGAAGAAAUGGAUCCUGAAGUCCGUAAAGGCUAUACGCACGCUGUACAUUCAAAGGAAGCAAACCCAGUGUUAGAGCGUUUAAAGAAGUUUUCCAGUUGGUCGAGAGCUAUCAAGGCCAUUGCCAGGCUCAGACGAUUCAUCAAAGAGUACAAAGGUGUUCAACAAAGAACGAACAAAGUGACAGAUCUUGAAGAAAGAAAAGACACGGAAUUAUUCAUCAUCAAGCUAGUGCAAAUAGAUGUCUUUACUGAGGAAAUACAGAAGAUCAGAUCUCAAGGAGAAAAUUCUCUGCACAAGCGCAGCAGACUGAAGCAGUUAAAUGCCUUUUUGGACAAGUCAGAUGUUCUCAGGGUGGGAGGAAGAUUAUCUCAAUCAGCUUUACACUAUGAUGUAAAACACCCUGCAAUUCUCCCCAAGGAGUCCCAUGUGUCAGCCCUACUCGUCAAACACUACCAUGAACGUGUACACCACCAGGGAAGAGGGAUGACAAUAAAUGAAUUGCGGGCAAAUGGCAUAUGGAUUUUAGGAUGUGGGAGUGUUGUUUCUUCACACAUUUACCAUUGUGUUAAGUGCAGAAGAUACAGAAAGGCUACAAAUGUCCAACAGAUGUCAGAUUUGCCAGAAGUAAGAACAGAAACGGCACCUCCUUUCACGUAUUGUGGUGUUGACUGUUUCGGUCCAUUCAUGGUAAAGGAAGGAAGAAAGGAAGUCAAAAGGUAUGGACUAUUGUUCACGUGUUUAUGUUCACGAGCUGUGCACAUUGAAACACUAGAUGACUUAUCGACAGACGCCUUCAUGAACGCUCUUCGAGUUCUGAUAGCCAUAAGAGGUCCUGUCCGGCAAUUAAGAUGCGACCAAGGGACAAACUUUAUGGGCGCCAAAAGAGAACUUUUGGAGCUAAUGAAGGAUAUGGAUCAAGAACCACAAAGAGCUAUGGGUUGUGAAUUUGUGGUGAACGUUCCGUCAGCUAGCCACAUGGGGGGCGUCUGGGAACGUCAAAUUCGAACAGUACGAAGUGUACUGACAGCAAUGCUGGACAAGUUCUCAAACAGACUCGAUACAACUAGUCUAAGGACACUGCUUUAUGAGACAAUGGCCAUCAUUAACAGCAGACCUUUAAGUGUUGAGUAUCUCAAUGAUCCCUUGGGACCAGAGCCAUUAACUCCCAAUCACAUAUUAACGAUGAAGUCUUCGGUUAUUCUUCCACCUCCAGGAGGGUUUUGCAGAGAGGAUUUGUACUUGAACAAAAGAUGGAAAAGAGUACAAUUUCUAGCAAAUGAGUUUUGGCAAAGGUGGAGGCGAGAGUAUCUGUUAAAUCUCCAGCGGCGACAGAAAUGGCAGAACGUCUCACGAAACCUGCGAGUAAAUGACAUCGUGAUACUGCAGGAUGAUAAUGCUCCGAGAUGUAAAUGGAAACUUGCUCUAAUAGUAGAGGCUAUAGAGAGCCCAGAUGGCAAGGUUCGAAAGGUGAAGCUCAAGACCAGUGAAACUACCUUUGACAGGGGGAAACCACUGACAAGGCUGAUAUAUCUGGAAAGACCUGUUCAUAAGGUAGUGACUUUACUGGAGACUAACACGCAAAGUGAACCAGACUCUAACGUUGACACUCAUUAGAAAAUCACAUUGCAAACAAUGAGUGAUUUUGGUGGGAGUGUAAGUGUCACAGAAGUGGCUUAUGUAUAAGAACUUCAUAGAUGGUUCCAGCAGUUAAAAUGUUCUUGCUUGUAUAUUUCUGUGGAAUAUUGUAGAGGUGCAUUUAUCUUGUAUAGGAGACAUGUUUAUCUUGUCACAAAGAACAAGUUUUAUUACACCGCUAUUAUCGCGAGGUUUGGGGCGUGAUAAUAUAGACUGUGAGCCCACGUUUAAUAAUCACGCUAAGGAGUUCAGCGAGCUAUCUGCAAAGGCCUGGUUAGCUUACCAGCUGUACAAGGUAUUUGUCCUUUGCCAUAACUGUAUUGUAAUAUUGUGAAAAUUUGUUGUUUUAUUUGCUGUUCUAAUUAUUUUAUGGUUUAAUUUAGAAUGCGCAAGACUGUAAAGGUAUUCUUCUAGAACCUCCGAAGUGGCAGGCGGCCACGAGGUAAUUUAUUGUUGUUAAAGCACAAAUGUUACUUUUGAUAGACUGAAGCGCUUAAAGCCUUUGUGUUUUGUGUUUGUAGUUUUCACGGCGUUCAAUAAAUGCAGCGAAGCGCCCGUCUUGAAGAAGCCGUGCCUGUGUUGUCAUUUCGGAG